UCCUUGUGCCGAAGAAGGGAGGCGCCAACGUGAUUGAUGUCCGGCGGCUGUAUAAAAGCCUUCGCUAUCCCUGCAGCUGCUUGUCACACCGACCCGAAGACCUGCUCGGUCUCUCUGCUCUUGGAGUUUCUGUCAACUGGUGCUGGAGGGAGAAAACUUUCGGGAGAGUAACCUUUUAUUGCGGUCAUGCCAGAACCCACUAAGAAAGAGGAAAAUGAAGUGUCAACCCCAGCCCCUCCCCCAGAAGAACCAAAUAAAGAGAAAGAGGCGGGAACUACGCCAGCAAAAGAGGAAGAUGAGGCCUCUCCGCCGAGUGCCCUGCCUCCAGGUUUGGGUAGUCGGGCCCUGGAGAGAAAAGAUUCAGAAUGGUCUCUGGGAGAGUCACCCGCUGGCGGAGAGGAGCAGGACAAACAGAAUGCCAACUCGCAGCUGUCCACCCUGUUUGUUGAAAAACCUCAGACAGGAUCAGUGAAAGUUGGUGCCAACAUCACCUUCAUAGCCAAAGUCAAGGCGGAAGAUCUUCUCCGAAAGCCCACGAUCAAAUGGUUCAAGGGGAAAUGGAUGGACUUGGCCAGCAAAGCUGGGAAGCACCUGCAGCUGAAGGAGACCUUCGAGAGGCAAACUCGGAUAUACACAUUCGAGAUGCAGAUUAUCAAGGCCAAGGAGAACUACGCAGGAAAUUACCGGUGUGAGGUCACCUACAAGGACAAAUUUGACAGCUGUUCCUUUGAUCUCGAAGUGCACGAAUCCACUGGGACGACUCCAAACAUUGACAUCAGAUCUGCCUUCAAGAGAAGUGGAGAAGGUCAAGAAGAUGCAGGGGAACUUGACUUUAGUGGUCUCCUGAAACGUAGGGAGGUGAAGCAGCAGGAGGAAGAGCCGGAGAUAGAUGUGUGGGAGCUGCUGAAGAACGCCAACCCCAACGAGUAUGAGAAGAUCGCUUUCCAGUACGGCAUCACUGACCUGCGUGGCAUGCUCAAGCGGCUCAAGCGCAUGCGCAGGGUGGAGAAGAAGAGCGCAGCCUUUGCAAAGAUUCUCGAUCCUGCCUAUCAGGUGGAUAAGGGAGGCAGAGUGAGGUUUGUGGUGGAGCUGGCCGAUCCAAAGCUAGAGGUGAAGUGGUUUAAAAACGGUCAGGAAAUCCGACCCAGCACCAAAUACAUCUUUGAGCACAAAGGAAACGAGAGAAUCAUGUUUAUUAAUAACUGCUCGCUGACAGAUGAUUCGGAAUACUACGUGACAGCUGGGGACGAGAAGUGCUCCACCGAGCUCUUCGUGAGAGAGCCUCCGAUUAUGUUGACUAAACAGCUGGAAGAUACGAACGCCUACUGUGGGGAGACAGUGGAGCUGGAAGUUGAGGUGUCCGAAGAUGACGCCAACGUCAAAUGGUUUAAGAAUGGUGAAGAGAUCUUCCCGGGUCCAAAGUCAAGAUACAAAGUUAAAGUUGAGGGCAAGAAACACACUUUGAUCAUAGAAGGUGCGACAAAGGCGGACACCGCAGAGUACUCAGCCAUGACGACCGGGGGACAAUCAUCUGCCAAACUAAGCGUUGACUUGAGGCCCCUCAAAAUCAUGACGCCGCUGACCGAUCAGACUGUCAAACUUGGGAAAGAGGUGUGCUUGAAGUGUGAAAUCUCUGAAAACGUGCCUGGAAAAUGGACAAAAAAUGGCCUUCCUGUCCAGGAGAGCGACCGUGUGAAGGUCGUGCACAAAGGAAGAAUCCACAAGUUAGUCAUCGCCAACGCUCUCACAGAAGAUGAAGGGGAAUAUGUGUUUACUCCAGAUGCAUACAACAUUCCUAUGUCUGCCAAAGUUCAUGUCAUUGAUCCGCCCAAGAUCAUCCUGGACGGCCUGGACGCUGACAACACGGUUACAGUCAUUGCCGGGAGCAAGCUUCGUCUUGAGAUCCCCGUCACCGGGGAGCCACCUCCCAAGGCCAUCUGGAGCCGAGCAGACAAGGCUAUCAUGGAGGGCAGUGGCCGGAUCAGGGCAGAAUCGUACCCCGACAGUAGCACGCUGGUCAUUGACGUGGCGGAGAGAGAUGACUCCGGCGUGUACAACAUCAACCUGAAAAACGAAGCCGGAGAAGCGCAUGCGAGCAUCAAGAUCAAAGUUGUGGACAUCCCGGACCCUCCAGUGGCACCCAACGUGACGGAAGUGGGAGAUGACUGGUGCAUCAUGAACUGGGAGCCCCCUGCCUAUGACGGAGGGUCACCAAUCUUGGGCUACUUCAUUGAGAGGAAAAAGAAGCAGAGCUCUCGGUGGAUGCGACUGAACUUUGAUCUCUGCAAAGAAACAACUUUCGAGCCCAAGAAGAUGAUUGAAGGCGUGGCCUACGAGGUCCGCAUCUUUGCCGUCAAUGCCAUUGGUAUCUCCAAGCCCAGUAUGCCGUCCAAGCCCUUUGUUCCUUUGGCUGUGACCAGCCCUCCUACUCUUCUGGCUGUUGACUCUGUUACCGACUCAUCGGUGACCAUGAAGUGGAGGCCCCCGGACCAGAUUGGUGCAGCAGGUUUAGAUGGCUAUGUGCUAGAGUAUUGCAUGGAAGGAAGUACAUCAGCCAAACAGUCUAAUGAGAAUGGGGAGGCUGCGAUUGAUCUACCAGCCGAGGACUGGAUCGUUGCAAACACGGACCUGAUCGACAAGACGAAGUUCACCAUCAAUGGUCUGCCCACGGAUGCAAAGAUCUUCGUGCGUGUGAAGGCGAUUAACGCGGCUGGGGCGAGUGAGCCCAAGUACUAUUCUCAGCCCAUCCUCGUGAAGGAAGUCAUAGAGCCGCCGAAGAUCCGCAUCCCAAGGCACCUGAAGCAGACGUACAUCCGCAGAGUGGGAGAGGCUGUCAAUCUGGUUAUCCCUUUCCAGGGCAAACCAAGACCGGAACUGACCUGGAAGAAGGAUGGUCAGGAAAUCGAUAAGAAUCAAAUAAACAUUCGCAACUCUGAGACUGAUACCAUCAUCUUCAUUAGGAAAGCAGAGAGGAGCCACUCGGGCAAGUACGACCUGCAGGUCAAAGUGGACAAGUUUGAGGAAAACGCCUCCAUCGACAUCCAGAUCGUAGACCGCCCAGGGCCACCCCAGGCUGUGACUAUCGAAGAUGUGUGGGGAGAGAAUGUCGCUCUCACGUGGACCCCGCCCAAGGACGACGGCAAUGCCGCCAUCACAGGCUACACCAUCCAGAAGGCCGACAAGAAGAGCAUGGAAUGGUUCACGGUCAUCGAGCACUACCACCGUACCAAUGCCACCAUCACCGAGCUGGUCAUAGGGAACGAGUACUACUUCCGGGUCUUCGCUGAAAACAUGUGUGGCCUCAGCGAGGACGCCACAAUGACAAAGGAAAGUGCGGUGAUCGCCAAGGACGGUAAAAUCUACAAAAAUCCCGUAUAUGAAGACUUUGAUUUCACAGAGGCCCCCAUGUUUACUCAGCCUCUGGUCAACACCUAUGCCAUCGCUGGUUACAACGCCACCCUCAACUGCAGCGUCCGAGGAAACCCUAAGCCCAAAAUCACCUGGAUGAAAAACAAAGUGGCUAUCGUGGAUGACCCAAGAUACAGGAUGUUCAGCAACCAAGGAGUCUGUACCCUGGAGAUCCGCAAGCCUAGCCCCUAUGACGGAGGCACUUACUGCUGCAAAGCAGUCAACGACCUGGGGACGGUGGAGAUCGAGUGCAAACUGGAGGUGAAAGUUGUAGCACAGUAAGGAUUUUUGAAUGUCUGUUGUCACCUAAGGCGGGCUGUCCUUCUGCAGGCUCCUCCUGCAAGGCGUGCCUCCAAACAUAGUCGAUUCCUAUCUGCGGGACUUGCAAUCAAGCAAUCCUGAGGAGUGCUGAGGGCUGGGCACGGCCUCUGCACACACCACUGCUUUGAAAUUUGGUUGAGAAGGGAAGCAUUUUCUGGUUUUCUCGUAGGCCCCCAAGUGUGGUCAUUUCCUCUCUGCCUAGCCUUGAAGAAAGGAAAAAGAUUGUUUGCACAGAUUGCUUGAUUAAAAAUAGCGAACGAAAUCUCUUUUGCUGUCACACUUUGCUCACUACAGUCUUGUUCAGUUCGUCGCCAUUUACUAAGAAGCCAACUGUAGAAUAAGGGAAAGCCGUUAUUCAGUUGAUGACAGUGCCUUUCUUUCCCACAUAACACACCAUUAAUGGAAUCCUGAAAAACCCAUCUUUCUUAACUGACUUUUCACUGUGUGCUCCAGGUUAGCCUCAAACUCGCGGCUAGCCUCCUGCCACAGCCCCCUGAGUCCUGGGGACACAGGUGGGAAACACUAAAAUGGCUUUAAUAAAUUUUUCUAAAUCAAACUUGUUUCAUACAGGCCGACUUGACAUGAGAACCUAGACCCUCUUUCCGCAUUUAAAGUUGAUAAAAGGUGUCUUCACUUUAUAUUUCAGGCUUUUCUUUUUUCAGUUAAAAAAAAAAAGAAACUGUACCUCGUAAGUGGCCCAAUGAAUCUGCAGUACGUGUGCUGAAAUAGCACAGUAUUUGCUGAUAAAAGUUUGGAGUCGGGUUCUCAGACAGAGCCGAGGCAAAAGUCUCGGGGCCAGGAUGCUACCAAACUUUCCCAUAACAUCUACUCUAUUUGCCCAAGCAGCCAGUCCUAGUGAUAGUCAACCAUUUUUUAAAAAUCUAGCUGUUGAUAAAUGUUUAUAUAACGAUUCCAUAGUCGUGUUAGCAACUUCUUCACUCUUCCUGAGUUUUGGUGAAGGGGGUAGAAGUGCGCCAUACCCCAUCUUUAUUGUUUGUUCUCUUAACACGCCCCCUGCCACCACACAUGCUGGUUUCCCCCAAGCCUGAGUAAAUUGUUGCUUGCAGAUGUUCCCAUAGCAUCCAGUAAGGAUGUUUUCAGACACUUCCUCCUCUCCCCUCCAGAUGACGGUGAGUGUGAGAGCCGCCCUCUGGGCUCAGCAAGGGAGGGACGAAUGGAUGUCUGAGUGGCUGUAGUUGCAUCUGGACAUUUCAAGAGAAAACUGUUUUAUGGUCAAACUAUGAUGGCUUCCCUCUUUUUCUAUUCUGACUACUUGGUGAUGUUGCCUUCCUGGGUAUUAAUACUUGUUACUAGCCUUGCUCUUAUACCCCCAGUCACUCCAAAAUAACAGUUGUCUCUCAGUCCCUUAAGCUCCAGAGGGUGUCUCUGGACUCCUUGUGGGUACCAAAACUUUCAGGCAUUCAAGUUCUCUAUAUUCAAAAUCACGGUGUUCAUGUUAAUCUACAUGAUUCUUCCUGUGUACUUCAAAUCACCUCUGGACUUCUACAGUACAAAAUAAGCCAAAAGAUUGUGCAAGUGCUAAGUAAACAGUCGUUACACUGCUGUUCAGGGAACUAUGAUAGGGGAGGAAAAGUCACCACCCCCAGAUUUUCCUUUGAAUAAUUUCACUGUGCUAGCAGCUGAAUCACGGACAUGAAGAGCUGACUGUCAUAAUGUACAGUCCUCAUGCAAACACCCGGGCUCAUUAGUGUUAAGCAUCCGGGCUCUUUCAGAGAUUCACCAGUCUGACCACAGAUACAUUUUAACAGAGGAGAGGCUUUUACUCCUAUGCAGGUCUACACCCAGGGGCUUUUAAGAGCAAAGAACACAGUGGCAUUCUGUCUAUGCACAAGCAGGAUGAUCAUCUUGUGCAAAGCACACUUUUGCUCACAGAAAAAGUUGUAAGAGACCAGAAAAAUCACAAAAAUUAACCCUUAGCAUCCCUCAACAUUUGGAAGUCCAAUUUCACUGAUCUCUGGAUGGUGUCUGUCAAGUGGAAAUAUCCUGGGACAGAUGUAGACUGGGGACAGAAAUUAAAGUUUAGGAAAACCUUACGUUUAGAAUAAGGAGUAGGUGGGGCAGCUCAGGCUGUUGACUGACAGAGGAGCUUCUCUGGAGUCCAUCCGACCACAUCACAAAUCCCUGAAGUUUACAUUUGAGCUUAAAAUUUACAAAAAGAGAUAAGCGCUUUAGAUAUAGUAGCAUUACUACUGUUAGUAAGCUUACAGAAAUCCAAAUUGUUGAAAAAGCAGUAGACCAGCGCCUUUGAGUCAUAGUGAAAGAGUGGGGGCUCAAAAAUGAUUUUGGAUUAAAAGCAUUAACACUCUUUCCUCUAUCCAGAGGACUAUAGAUAUAGAUGUAUAGACAUAGGUAUAGGUAGACACACAGACAGAUAGAUAGAUAGAUAGAUUGGAAAGAGAUGUUUUAGCACGACGAGAAGCACCUUUUAGUCGAUACUUAGAAAACAACCAAAGGAAGUUUUAAAAUUUGACCUUGUCAAUAUGACAGUAGUCAGUGCUUUACCAGAGCCAAAUUAAUAACUCAUCAGAACUCCAUCGAUUAAUAUGCUAACACUCUGAUCCUUUGAAGACUUAAAAUCAUAUGUCUCUAAAUUUUAUUAUUAUUGUUAUUUAAGAUUUCUUUAUGAAUACAGUGUUCUGUCUGUAUAUAUUCCUGCGGGCCAGAAGAGGGCGCCAGAUCUCAUUACAGAUUGUUGUGAGCCACCAUGUAGUUACUGGGAAAGAACUCAGGACUCUGGAAGAGCUGCUGGUGCUCUUAACCUCUGAGCCGCCUCUCCAGUCUUAUUACUGAUUUUUUAGUUAUUUUCUCAGACCCUUACAACUUACAUAAACCUCAAACCUUUCCCAUUUUCCAUUCAAUCAUUUACCACAAGACACAAAUUUGAGAGCAGCCAGUGCAAAGCAAGUUGUUUUAAAUAGAGGAAUGGCAAAAAAAAAAAAAAAAAAAAAAGUUACAUUGAAGCCUGUUUUGUGAGCUUCCUUUCUCACCUGGAGACCUAGUAGCUCUAGAAAAGCAAGUCCCGGUAUUCACACAUGCAAUGCCUUGACCAGGCAGCAGCUGCUAAACUGUAGAGCUACGGUUAGCCCUCAACAUCAUCAGGGAUCUGAGAAGGAAAAUUCGAGCAGGAAGUACAAACCGGGUGGUCUCUUUAUCAAUGACAUGACAGAGACUUCCCAGCUACCUGGAUGAUGACCCUACGACCCCAGUCUCCUGGUCGUGCUCAGUAAUAUCAAUGGUGGCAGAAUGGCUUCAGUCUCCAGUGGUCACACAGGGCAGCGUUAACUCUUAGCCUGCUAUCAGCCUUUGGCUGCCAGACCCCAAAGAUCUGAGACACUCUGCUGUGGUGAGGAACUUGGGAGACUGGCCUACCUCGACGAGGCCAAGAGGGGUGGUGGGUUCUCUAGUAUCCCACUAUCCACAGUCUCCGCUGGGUCGUGAGGUGGGUGAGGCAAGGGACAGUUUUUCCCCGUGGUUGCCUUUACCACCAUCCAGGAGGACUGGUCUUUCUUUGGAGGAAAUCUUAGGACUGCCACUCCAAGCUGGCAUUUUGUCUAUCAUGGGAAGCCCUUUUCAUUAAAUACUUUAAGCACCGUAUUCAGCAGGUCUCUGACAAGUUUUUGAGGGUCAUCUAUUAAGUUUAUCUGGCUUUAAAUAAACUUUGCUUGUUUUAGGCUUAACCUUGAAAACAUAUAUAGAGGGGUAAAUAAAGCUUUUCCCUGACAAACACAUCACAUCUGUUCUUAGUGUGACUAUAGGCAUAGUUCUGAGCACAUUAAAGAAUUUGUUCAUUUGUAACGUGACUAUUAACCUGCAUAUCCUAAUAAUAGCCUUAAAAAUUACAAUUCUUGAAUUGAAGCUCUUUUAGUACCAAAAUAAAACGUUAAAUCAUAAAUGCAGCUCAUAGAGAGAGUGGGAGUUUUGGAAAACCAUAAAUAAAGUCCACAGAGAGAUUGGGAACCUUAAAAUUUUUUUGAUCCUUUCAUAGUGUAUUAUUAUAGAAUAUCACAGUUUCUUGGAUGCCUCAGUUUAUCAAAACAGCUAAAUCUUAAUGAAGUUACAUAUAGUUUCAAGCUAAUUUCUAUUCACCUGUGUUUUGUUUCAUUGAGACAACUUCCUUUCUGGAGCUUUCCUACUCGGUUCUGCUUCUGCAAGCAUUUUCUGUCUUGAUCCGUUUAAAUGUCGUUGUCAGGCCUAGUCCUCAGGGUCUUCGGCUGGUAUAUUCUGUUAGCUCAGGUAUGGCGUCUGGCAAUAGCCUUCUCUUUGAAGUGAAAAUUAGAGUUGGCAAAAUUACUAGAAGAAUAUGUCAAAGGCCACCGGUGUCAUUUGCAGACUCAAUGAAUUUUGAGAACUUUCAAGGACAAACAUUUUGGUUUAACCCAUGAUGUCAUUCUGAGACAGAGCUGACAUUCUGAGAGAAAGCUGACAUCAUUCUGAGACAGAGCUGACAUCAUUCUGAGAUAGAGCUGACAUCAUUCUGAGAGAAAGCUGACAUCACUCUGAGAGAGCUGACAUCAUUCUGAGAUAGAGCUGACGUCAUUCUGAGAGAGAGCUGACAUUCUGAGAUAGAGCUGACAUUCUGAGAGAGAUCUGACAUUCUGAGAUAGAGCUGACAGACAUUUAGAAGACCCAUUAUUUUUAAAAGCAAAGAGUUACUGAACACAGUAAACAAACCACAUUUAUACUACUUUGAUUGAGGAAUAAAACUUACAUUUUUAACAGGCAUGGCCUUUUUAGGGUUGUCUCCCCGCCAAAAAAAAAAAUUCUGGUUUUUCAGGCAUUUUAUCAAAGACCAUUACAAAGGUAAAUUUGUAGAGGAUUGCCUAUAUUCCCUAUGUAUAAAGUUUUCUAUUUGUAUUUUCCAUUGCAUAGAAAUGAAUAAAGCAUAGUUUUAAUUUCCUAGUUAUCAAACAGGUUGCUUUUAAAUCCUAAUUUUUUUUAUAAGCCUCAUUUUUGUGAUUUUUGUCUUCAUCCUUUUUUUUUGUUUUUUUGAGACAGGGUUUCUCUGUAACUUUGGGGCCUGCCCUGGAACUAGUUCUUGUAGACCAGGCUGGCCUCGAACUCACAGAGAUCCUCCUGCCUCUGCCUCCUGAGCACUGGAAUAAAAGGCAUGUGCCAUCACCACCCAGCCUCAUCUGUUAUUUUUAGUCUGUGGACAAGAAUCACUACACAAAAAUCCAGCCCAAUCCAAAAUAUCUUGGAGACCCGCUGUUAUUUUUUAAAAUCCACUUAUUUUAAACAAGAGUUGAAUACAGUAUGCUGUAAUACAUUAAGAUUACCCAUGUAGGAAAACUUAUCUUUUUAUGUAUUCAAACUCCAAUAAAUAUGUAACUCACCAAAAAAAAAAUAUUACCCAUGUAUAAAUUUCAACCAUCAACUGUGUUGCUGUAAGUUUUCAGUUAACAUUUUGUUACCAAUUUUACAAGUCCUUAAUCACACCCAAUAAAUGUUCAGAUCUUGACGUACAGAAA